GUGCGAGUGCGGCACGCCUUUAGGAGUCUCCGCCGCCUUUGGGGUCUGGUAUAACCGUCUCGAUCGCGGGGAACGAGCCGCUACUCUGCUAUUAAAGACACUAUAAUAGCUCGGGAAUCUUUCAUUUUGUCUUCUAGCCCACAAUGGACGGUUCAGAACCGGAAGAAUACGAGCCAAAUAAGAUCUUUGUGGGCGGCUUGAGUUGGAACACGACUGAAGAGAACAUGAGGGCCUAUUUCUCUCAGUUUGGGGCUGUGACUGAAUGUGUGGUGAUGAAAGACCCAUUUCAGCCGGAAAACUUGAAAAGAAACAGGGGGUUCGGUUUUGUCAAAUUCGAAGAUCCGGCUGCAGUGGAUCGCGUCGUGAAUCCACAAACCACUCACACCCUGGACGAAAAGACGAUUGACCCCAAAAGAGCUCAGAAGAAAUCGCAGGGUGUAAAGGACACAGACAAGAAGGUCUUCAUUGGAGGGCUGGCCAGUACAACAACUGAAGAGCAGGUCAAGGACUACUUCAACACGCAGUAUGGCGGAGUGGUCGAAGUUGUGUUCAAAAUGGACGGCAAAACGCAGCGAAAAGAGGUCAGAAUGUUAUGAAAGAAAAGUGGUUUUUCCUCACCUCAAUAUUGCUAUAUAUAUCUGUGUUUAUUUGUUGGGCAUUACUAAAGUUAUUUUUUCAUGGGUGACCCAUGGUCCAAAAUUAACAUUUGAAAUGCAAAAAAUCGCCUACACCACACAUCUUUAUCUUUUGCCCCCCUCCCCGCUAUUGGCGUCAG